AUGAGCAUCGUGUUUGAGUCCAGGCACCGUUCCUUUCUCCAGGACGAGAACUAUCCCAACAUGGACCAGGCCGACGACGAAGUGGACCGGUACGGCGAGGCUGACGACAAUAAUGUGACUGCAGUUAUGCACGACGUCGGUGACGUAAGUGAUCUUGCGGCCGCCGUCGCUGUCAGCUAUCACCCUCGCGAACAGUCCAUACUGGCUUCGAGCAAGCCAUCUCUCCUCGACGACGACACGCAUCUCGACGUUGACGACGUUGUUGUGGGCGACGAUAGUGUAGGCGAUAACACACCCCACGGCCUGCCGAGCUCCUCCGACAUGAGCUCCGCCGCUGCGGCUGCGGCUGCGGCUGCCGCCGCCGCCAACAUUGCAGUCGCCGAGGCCGAAGCCGCACGCGUCGCCGCCGCCGCAGGAAUAGCCGCACGGAUGUCCGCGCCACGGCACAACUCGCACAGCACCUCUUCCGCCCAGACUCUCCAGCCCGCCUCGCUUGGACCGACUUCGCCACUAUCGAUCAAAGGCGCCUCGUCACCGUCGCCCGGCCCGACGACCACCCACGGAUCCUACCGCAUCAAGCCGAUUCCCAAACCGGAACGCGACGUGCAGAAGAACAGUCAGGGGCUAUACCAGUGCACGUGGCCUCAUUGCACAGAAGAGACACAGCAGUUUGGCCGCAAGUGUGAAUACAACAAGCACAUGGACAAGCACGAGCGGCCCUACCGCUGUGUCGUCGACGGCUGCGAAAAGCUGCCUGGAUUCACGUACUCGGGAGGCUUGCUUCGCCACGAACGCGAGGUCCACGGCAAGCAUGGUGGACCGCGCAACCCGCUCCACUGUCCUUACCAAACUUGCAAGCGCUUCUCCGGCAAGGGCUUCUCGCGCCAGGAGAACUUGAAUGAGCACAUGCGCCGUGUCCAUCUCAACCUGUCUCCCGGCACGACUUCCGCAACCUCGGCCCUUCCCAUCAUUGGAAGCAACGCUACUGCCGACGCGCUGCUGAGCCAGGCCAACAACGGCCUGCUGAGCAUGAAUGUAAUUCGGUCACUGGCCGCUGUUCUGCCAAACAGCCCUCCUCAGAGCGCCGAUGCCGGCCCCAACUACGACAAGAGCAACUCCAACUCCGAGAGCAACAACAACAACAAUAAGGGGAACAGCAACAAUAAUGCUGCUGCUGCUGCUGCUGCCGCCGCAGCGGCGGCCAAUGCCGUUGCCGGUCUGCCCUCACUGCUCUCCGACGACAACGACGAUGCCAAGACGAUGGAGAGCCUCGGUCUGCUGUUGCCCCGAGGCCGUAAGAGGACAGCUUCUUCGCUCAUGGGUGACGACGAGGAUGUGGUUGACGAAGAUGGCCUCGUGAGCAGCGGCCACCUCGGCGACUACGGCAACCACAACGGCCAUCGUAGCAUCGGCAGCCACGAUCUCCGCGAAGAGAUGAAGAGGGUGCGGCUCGAGAACGAGGAACUGCGGCGGCAGGUCGAGCUUCAGAAGCGCCAGACCCUUGCCAUGAUGCAGCAAAUCACGGCCUUGCAGCGCUCGGCGGCUGCGCAGCAACAGCUCAACGAGCUUAACCAGCAGCGCCAGCCGGAGCAGUUGGAGAAGUCGGUGCAGAACGGCCAGCAGGAGGGGCAGCAGCAGCAACAGCAACAGCAGCAGCAGCAGCAACAAACCGACCAGCCACAGCCACAAGAGCAGGAACUGGAAGAUGUUCUGAGCUAA